AUGCAUGCUCUCCAGUCAUACCAACAAGACGGAUCAACUUAUGACAACAAUGCUUACACUCUUACGUCGACUUAUCAUGGCGGUACACUCAAGCUAUACACAACUCAUCUCGCCGAGCCCGAAGGCCUAGGCCGUCGCCCUGAGUAUAUUAUGACCCAGCUCAAAGGCUGGUCGAUGACCAGUGACCCGGGAGCCUUUCGGCACGGAGCAUCCGCAUACCUAAAUGCUCGGGCCUUGGCAAAGGAAAAGAGGGACGAAUUUAUUAGGGCAGCAAAUGAAACGCACGCAAAGGCUCAAUCUCAGCUUCUUCAUUCAACCUCUCAGUGCCAGACGGCUUCCGAGGCAGCUCUCACCUUGGACGACUCUGAUCUAUCGACAUUGUCUGACCAAACAGAGUAUCAAGACGCGCAAUGGAGCUUCGCAAAUACAACUGAAGAAGGAGAGGGAGAGUCUCAGAUUCUUAGUAGACACGCUAAGAAGCCGAGAGUUGGCUCCAUUGUUCAAGGUGAUACAGCGGGGCGUCCGAGGUGGGCCAAAUCAGAAGCUUCACAAGGAGAUGGAUCUGUGCUGGUGGCAUCUCGAAUUCCGUCCGCUUCAUGGGCAGGUGGGCAGGUGGGCAGGGAGAAUGGCUAUCAAGAUGAGAGGACGCGCACUUGGAACGAACCAGAGAACGGUAAAGGUGCGGGGAAACACACUGAAGAUGCGGACGGACGUGGAGGCGGUGAUAUAGGCGUCCCAGUCAAUCCAUUCAUGGAAAUUCGCACGACGGCCCCAACCCUGAUCCCAGCGCAGCAAAGGGGAUAUGGGGACACCAGGAAGUUCAAGUGUAAAGGACCCAUAAUAUCUUGGAAUGAUAGUUUCUUCAAGUGGGUAAAGCAGUCGGUAGGCUGCGGUUUCAUGAGAUCAAUCCAGACAAUGGAGGAUGAAGCAGGAAGACUGUUAGCGUGGCAAGAGUUAGCGCCCAGCUAUGGUCUCGUGUGGUACAACACAAGAAGGCGGCGUGAAGAAGAGCAACGACGACGUGAAGAAGCAGAAGCUUUGGCUGCGAGCUCGGAAUCAUCAACACUGCCACUCUUUUUACGUGCCUGCCAUGAAUUGGUUCCAUCUCGCAUCACGUUGUGGGACACAUUCACCGGGGAGCAAAUGAAGGUGUGGGACAAGCUCGAUCAGCAUCCCCAUUUCUUGACUGAAAAGCUCUUCCCCUCCCUACAUCAGCUCGACUACGUCCGCCAAUUUAUCAGCCCAAUUUCCUCAGAGUGGGAUCUUCGGUACUAUGAACGGGAAACGGUAGAAAAUCAAGUGCGGGCCAUAAUAGACCGAAUAUAUGAGAAUGAUGAGCUUAAGAGGGCAUUCGGCUUGCGCGGAUCGAUUACCUUUGAAAGCCAUGCUAACCUUGGGCUUUCAACGCGGGCGGCUGAUUUGAACCCGGGUGAUCAGCAGUCGUCCGUUGAACCCAUGGUCGGGACUGAAUCAAGCACUGGAAAGAGAAUGGGCAAGAAGAAUAAAACAAAGAAAAAAGAGACCACGAUGGUCACGGGAGGACAGGCAGAUCGAUUCUGCAUCUAUCGCCAGGAUGGCGAUGAGCACAUCCCAACGCUCGCUAUCGAGUACAAGGCGCCCCACAAGCUCACUCGGGAUGAAAUCGUGGGAGGGCUGGCUCAGGACAUUCAUCCUUCGAAAGAAGUAAUUGGUAAGGACUUAGAUGAUCCUGAUUUCUGCUCGAAGGGGUUAGUCGCUGCGGUCAUCACACAGUUGUUCUCCUACAUGGUUGCCAAGGGAGUCCGGUACGGCUAUGUGUGCACCGGAGAAGACUUUAUCUUUCUACGCAUUCUUGACGAUCCGUCAUCCGUCAUGUGUUCCGUCUGUACUCCCAGCCUAGAUGUUGAAGAAAUCAACGAUGACAGUCUCCAUUUAACUGCCGUCGCUCAGGUUCUAGCAUUUACCUUAAGAGCUCUAGUGUCCCCUCCUGCCCCGCAAGAAUGGUAUGAUGCCGUCGCGGAACUUGGCAUCUGGCCGGUUGAAUACUCGGAUAUCCUGGAGCAAACACCUCCAACCGCUCGACAGAAGCAUGCCUCACCUCUGUAUCGGGGCCGACGCCCUUCCAAGCUUCCUCCUUUUCAGAUGACAUUACGACCCAGAUGCCGGCCACACACAGAUAUUGUACCUCGAUCAAGAAGCCCUUCCCCCUCAACGUCUCCGCCUCCAUCUCCGUUGUCGCCAUCCGCACGCCGUGGACGAACCGUAAACGCUCGAGCCCGCUCUAACCCGGAUCAAAAAUCUGGUAAGAAAGGGCAAUCCAGCGAAGACAGCGAUGCCAAUUGGAUAGACCAUGCUGCUGAACCACCAAAGAUCAAAAGCCAACCUUACUGUUCCCAGCAGUGUUUGCUGGCCCUACGAGACGAUGGUCCGCUCGACAGCUCCUGCCCGAACUAUCUAGCUCACCUUAAGCGACGGAUCCAGCCAGCGGAGUUUCGUGCUCUUAUCCGAGAGCAGCUCUCCAGGGACCGUGGCCCGGAUGCCAACUGUCGCCCUCUCUACAAGAAGGGAAGUUGUGGGGCAGCUUUUAAAAUCCAUCUUUUGUCGCAUGGCUACACUCUACUCGCAAAGGGCGUCGAACGCAACAAUUUACGUAAACUCGAACAUGAAAACGAAGUAUACCAUAGGCUUCACGAUAUUCAAGGCAACUACAUUCCGGUUUGCCUCGGGAUUGUUGUACUUGACCCAAAAUACCCGUAUUACUAUGACGAGGGAGUUUAUACCCAUAUGCUCCUUCUGAGCUGGGCGGGAAAGCCCAUCUCGGAAAUUAUGAAAUCGGAUAAUUCGGCAUGCGUGAUUGAGAUGACAUCACAGUCUCUUCAAGCGAUUCACCUUGCAGGUGUAUUGCACGGUGAUGUCGAGCCACGAAAUAUUUUAUGGAAUGAGGACUGCAAUCGCCCUAUGCUUGUAGAUUUUGAACGAGCUGAGAUGCGAAAUGCGCUAUCUGCUAUAUCGCCGAACCUCGGGCUAAAGAGGAGAAGGCUUGGGAAGAACAGAUCUACCUUUUCUCAAGAACUUUCAAAAGCUCAGAUCAGCCUGAAGCGCUGUAGGGAAUUGCUCCGUCGGAAUUCCGCCUCAAAGUUCAGGAAUAGCGCCAUGGAACUCAGUUGGACAACUAUGCACGAAGAGCCGCUACAAUAA